UAUUAACGGACCGGGCUACACAAUGUGAACGCCCUCCCCCAAAUUUCUCCGCUCUUCUGUCGCCGCCUUCGGAGCUCGCGUGCUUCGCCUCGGUGUUCUCGCCGGUUAGCCGACGAUAAAUCGCGCCUCUCCUCGCUCUUCCUCGCUGCAGCAGCAGUAAUAAUGAUUUCAUCUAGAUUUAGAAAUAUGCCUGCUUUCACAAUUCCAUUUGGAUGUGCUUGAGUGUUGUUUAGCGCCUUUCCUCUUUUGCUAUAGUUCGAGAUUAGCGUGUUGCCUUCAGUUCCUGAAAUUUGCGCUGUUUUAUUUCGCUGGAAAAUUUCGCGUUCUUGAGAAAAAAAAAAGAAAAAGCCCUAAAUAAUGCUCUUCUUUUCAGGGAUGGCUGCCGACUGGUCCAAUCUGCCGCGUGAUGCUUGGAUGCAUAUCGCUCAAAAGUUCGUCUUUCGUGACCUCGGCGUAUUUGCGUCUGUCUGUGCCCAGUGGCGAGACGUCGCAAGGGAAGUCCGCGGGUCUUUUCGCUCUCGGCCCCCGCUCCUCAUGCUCCCUCUCAGGGAAGGAACCCACGUCAGAGGUCUCUACGAUCUCUCCGCAGAUUCAGUAUGCGGCAUUAACCUCCCCCAACUCAACGAUCGCUGGAUCUGCGGAGCUUCCAAUGGUUGGCUGGUAACGCUGGAUGCUAACCUGAACAUUGAGCUGUUUAAUCCUUUCUCAAAAGCGAAACUGCAGCUCCCGCCUCACCCGAUCAUGGUUGACUACCAGCAUCGGAUAUACCGAAAAUACCGGUCAUGCUACAUGCAAAAAGUCAUUCUGACGGGCAGCCCCGGUUCGAACCGAGCGUGUUUUGCCGCUUCGAUCGUGUCGAACCGGAGGAGGUUAGCCGUUUGCGGGGUCGGAGAUGGCGAAUGGACCGACGUGGAGACGGAACCGAACCGGUACGUCGACAUUACGUGUUACAAAGGAAAGCUAUUCGCGAUACGGGAGUGCGGCCCGCUGGUGGUUCUUGAUGUCGGUCGAGACUACUUUAAGACCGACACGAUCGAUGCUCCUCCCGAUGGCGGCCCCCUUACAACAGGCGGCUUGGCGGGGAAUGGUUCUGUCUGCCAAAAAUAUUUGGUGGAAUCAGCAGGUGACUUGUUAGUGGUGCUGAGAUUUUCACGCUACUCGGCUAAUGGCUAUAGAACGUGGAAGUUCCAUGUUUACAAGCUGAAUGAAAGCGUGCAGGGUUGGACUAAGGUUGAGAGUUUGGGAGAUCGGUCGAUAUUUGUUGGAGUCAGUCACUCCAUCUCGGCUAAAGUUUGCGGGCUCGAUGGUUGCAAGUCGAAUUGCAUUUAUUUCUUGGAGGAUCUCACUCUUCAUCGCGAUGAGAAGGGUUUUCAGCUUGAUUGUGGUUUGUUCUGCUUAGAAGAUGGAUGCACCAAGACAUUGCCGGAGGAGGCCCGGUCGUUUUGGUCCAAACCCGGAUUUUGGUGUAUGCAGUCUUUGUAGAGGGAAUUUCUUACAUGUUUGUUUUAGGAUAAUUUUAUGUGUGUUUUACUUAGUUUAUUAGAUGAAAGAAUUCCACACGUUUGAACUUA